CCCCCCCCCCGCUCCACUGCCGCUGCCGCCGCCGUCUCCUCCGCGCCUCCAAGAUGCCCGGGCAGCGGCGGGGACGCUGCCGCAGCCCGCUGGUACCAGCCCACCUUCCCUGGUUUUUGAUGCUGAACCCGGAUCGUUUUAACUAAAGAUGGAAACACUGGAGUCAGAAUUGACCUGCCCAAUCUGCCUGGAGUUGUUUGAGGACCCCCUCUUGCUGCCGUGCGCCCACAGCCUCUGCUUCAGCUGCGCCCACCGCAUCUUGGUGUCCAGCUGCUCUUCCAGUGAGUCCAUCGAACCCCUCUCUGCCUUCCAGUGCCCCACGUGCCGCUAUGUCAUCUCCCUCAACCACCGGGGCCUGGAGGGCCUCAAGAGGAAUGUGACCCUGCAGAACAUCAUCGACCGCUUCCAGAAGGCAUCCCUGAGCGGGCCCAACUCCCCCAGCGAGAGCCGCCGCGAGCGGACGUACCACAGCAGCCCAAGCAUGUCGGUGGCCAGCGAGAGGAUCGCCUGCCAGUUCUGCGAGCAGGACCCGCCACGGGACGCGGUGAAGACCUGCAUCACCUGCGAGGUGUCCUACUGCGACCGCUGCCUGCGCGCCACGCACCCCAACAAGAAGCCCUUCACCAGCCACCGGCUGGUGGAGCCCGUGCCCGACGCCCACUUCCGAGGGCUCACGUGCCUGGAGCACGAGAAUGAGAAGGUGAACAUGUACUGUGUCGCUGACGACCAGCUCAUCUGUGCCUUAUGCAAACUGGUGGGGCGCCACCGGGACCACCAAGUGGCAUCCCUCAGUGAUCGCUUCGAGAAGCUGAAGCAAACACUGGAGACGAAUCUCACCAACCUGGUGAAGCGCAACAGUGAGCUGGAGAACCAGAUGGCCAAGCUCAUCCAGAUCUGCCAGCAAGUGGAGGUGAACACAGCCAUGCAUGAGGCCAAGCUGAUGGAGGAGUGUGACGAGCUCAUGGAGAUCAUCCGCCAGCGCAAGCAGGUCAUCGCUGUCAAGAUCAAGGAGACGAAGGUGAUGAAGCUGCGGAAGCUGGCCCAGCAGGUCGCCAAUUGCCGGCAGUGCCUGGAGCGCUCCACGGUCCUCAUCAACCAGGCAGAGCACAUCCUGAAGGAGAACGACCACGCGCGGUUUCUGCAGACAGCCAGGAACGUGGCUGAGAGGGUCGCCAUGGCAACCGCCUCCUCCCAAGUUCUGAUACCAGAUAUCAAUUUUAAUGAUGCCUUUGAAAACUUUGCUUUGGAUUUUUCCAGAGAGAAGAAGCUGCUGGAGGGGCUGGAUUACCUGACGGCGCCGAACCCGCCGUCAGUGCGGGAGGAGCUCUGCACGGCCUCCCACGACACCAUCACUGUGCACUGGAUGUCGGAGGAUGAGUUCAGCGUCAGCUCCUACGAGCUGCAGUACACCAUCUUCACCGGCCAGGCCAACUUCAUCAGUCUCUACAACUCCAUGGACAGCUGGAUGAUUGUCCCCAACAUCAAGCAGAACCACUACACGGUCCACGGGCUCCAGAGCGGCACGCGCUACAUCUUCCUCGUCAAGGCCAUCAACCAGGCGGGCAGCCGGAACAGCGAACCUGCCCGCCUCAAGACCAACAGUCAGCCUUUCAAGCUGGACCCCAAGAUGGCCCACAAGAAGUUGAAGAUCUCCAAUGAUGGGCUGCAGAUGGAGAAGGACGAGAGCUCCUUGAAGAAGAGCCACACGCCUGAGAGGUUCAGCGGGACAGGAUGCUAUGGAGCAGCAGGAAACAUCUUCAUUGACAGCGGCUGUCACUACUGGGAGGUGGUGGUGGGAUCCUCGACCUGGUAUGCCAUAGGAGUGGCGUACAAGUCAGCCCCCAAGAACGAGUGGAUCGGGAAGAACUCUUCGUCGUGGGUCUUCUCCCGCUGCAACAACAACUUUGUGGUGAGGCACAAUAACAAGGAGAUGCUGGUGGAGGUGCACCCGCAGAUGAAGCGCCUCGGCGUGCUCCUGGAUUACGACAACAACGCGCUCUCCUUCUACGACCCGGCCAACUCCCUGCACCUCCACACGUUUGAAGUCUCCUUCAUCCUGCCCGUGUGCCCGACCUUCACCAUCUGGAACAAGUCCCUGAUGAUUCUCUCGGGUCUGCCCUCCCCGGACUUCAUCGAUUACCCAGAGCAACAGGAGUGUAACUGCAGGCCCCAGGAGUCCCCAUACGUAUCAGGAAUGAAAGCCUGUCACUAG